GACAGACGAGACAGACCCAUUCUGUCACGUCGUGCGUCACGAGGAGUCAACACAGGAAGUCCCCAUCUGAAUCACUGAACUUAGACAAGAACGAAAGUAGCUCCGUGUAAAUUGUUCAAAUUCAAUUCAUGCCGAUGCACCAAACCUCUCUGAAACGCGAGUGUGAUCAUAAUGGAAACAGCUCUGAAACUCGCCACUUUGUGUGUCUCUCUCAUGGUGACACGGAUACACUGCCAAGAAGCAGUUCUCCACAUUUCAAACGGAAUUACAGAUAGGGAAUAUUGCAUCGUUCACAACCACUCCUGGACCAAGCUGUCAGAAACCCUUGAUGCAGCACCACAGUUGUCGCUGGUGAACAUGAUCUCCACUAUGUUGUGUAAUGGCGAUGGGGUCAGUCCAGAUCUGGUGAAGGGCAAAGCACUGGUGGUGAUGAGGGGGGACUGUGAUUUCAGCAGGAAAGCACAGGUUGCUCAGAACCUCGGAGCUCUGGGUUUGCUAAUAGCUAGCAACAAAACAAUGAUAACUCCUUCAGCUAAUAACUCAGAAUAUAAAAAGGUCCAUAUUCCUCUGGCUCUCAUGAGGUACAGGGAUUUCCUGGAUGCACAGCAGGUUUUUGGAGAAGAUAUGCAAGUAAAGCUGUAUGCUCCGCCUCGUGCAACCAUUGAUCCAAGCAUAGCAGUCAUCCUGCUGAUCGCCAUUGUCACAGUUGUGCUGGGUGGUUUCUGGAGUGGGGCAUGUGAGAGAGAGCGUCUGAGCAGUGGUGAAGGACAUGGAGGAAGUGGAGAGAAUAAAAAAGACAGUGGGGAGCUCUUCUUGUACUCUCCUCUCAAAAUUGUUAUCUUUGUGGCCAUGAUGUGUGGAAUGCUGCUGCUCAUGUACUUCUUCUACAAUGUCCUUGUUUAUGCGAUCAUUGUAAUAUUCUGCCUGGCCUCUGCCUCUGCACUGUUCAGCUGUUUUGAUGCAGUGUUGGAAAAACUUGGCUGUGCCACUGGGAGCUUUUCUAUCCGAAAUUGGAACUUCUCAGUGAGGUCUCUCAUACUGGCUGCCCUGUGCAUUACCAUUGCUGUGGUCUGGGGCGUCUACAGAAAUGAAGACAGUUGGAUCUGGAUCUUGCAGGACCUUCUCGGCAUUGCUUUCUGCCUCAACUUCAUGAAGACAAUUUCUUUGUCCAAUUUCAAGAUCUGUGUGAUCCUGCUGAGCCUUUUGCUUGUGUAUGACGUCUUUUUCGUUUUCAUUACUCCUUUCUUCACCAAGAAUGGGGUUAGCAUCAUGGUGCAGGUUGCCCUUGGUCCUGAUGCAACUGGGGAGAAAACACAAGGUAACCUGGUGGAAGUCCCUGCUGAGCCCCAGACUCCCUCUGAGAAACUGCCAGUGGUGAUGCGUGUUCCACGGUUCUCAGCAGAGAACUUGUGUGGGAUGCAGUUCUCCAUCCUGGGUUAUGGCGAUAUCAUUGUUCCAGGUCUUCUCGUGGCCUACUGCAGCCGCUUUGAUGUUUGGAUCAACAGCAGCAAGAAGGUCUACUUUGUCAGCUGCUGCAUAGCAUAUCUGCUGGGAAUGAUCCUGACAUUCGCUGUGAUGCUGCUGUCAGGAAUGGGUCAGCCCGCUCUUCUUUACCUGGUGCCUUUCACCCUCAUAACCUCCGCUGUGGUGGCUGCGUGUCGGAGAGAGAUGAAGCAGUUCUGGGCAGGAACCACUUAUGAGGUUUUGGACUCAUCCAGGGAACCGUUGUUGUCAGAGGGAAGAACUGAUGGCUCCGUAGGAGGAGAAAGGUGCUGACUUACAAUGUAUAGCGUGGAUCAAAUUGCUGGAUGCUUUUUUCUUACAUAUAUAUUUUUAAUAUUACAUUUACAAAGCACACAAACCAGUGUUCUUGAUCAACACAUUCUUAAUAUGUUGUAAUUAAUACUGGCUGCUGUGAAUGGUUUUGAAAUUAACUAAUUUGUAAUUGGGCAUUGGUGUUUUUGGGGGGGCUUGAUAAGUGUCUGAAAUGUCUCUUAGCUUAAUGUUCAGACAACUGUAAUGAUUUAGCCUUGACGAUUGCAAACGACAAAAUGAAAAAGCACUUUAUAAUGUUUAGCUUGGCAGUUUGUUUAUUAUUGACAUGGCUAGGAUAGGGGUCCAAAUUCAUUGUAGCUUCAAAACAAAACAUUUUGUGAUAACUGUUUUGGGAGUUCCCUGAAACCUGUUUGUAUAAUGUGAUUUCUUUCAUUGCCUUAUAUUAAAUGAACAUGUUCUA